AUGCGAAGAAAACUAAACAAUAAAAAAGAAUAUUCCGAUGACCGGAGAAUUCGAACUGGAAAAUAACUACCAGCUUUGCGACGAGAUCGGUCGAGGUCGAUUCGGAACAAUCACUCGCUGUUUCUCACCGGCGACUAAAGAAUUCUACGCCUGCAAAACCAUCGACAAGCGCGUGCUCGUCGACGCGCUGGAUCGCGAGUGUAUAGAGACGGAGCCGAGGAUCAUGGCGAUGUUACCGCCGCAUCCGAAUAUCAUCAGGAUCUUCGAUCUGUACGAAACAGAGGAUUCUCUUGCGAUCGUCAUGGAAUUAGUCGAUCCGCCGAUGACGAUUUACGAUCGGUUAAUCUCCGCCGGGGGACGGUUAUCCGAAUCGGAAUCCGCUUCAUACGCGAAACAGAUCCUCCGUGCGCUUGCUCAUUGUCACCGGUGCGACGUUGUUCAUCGGGAUGUGAAACCUGACAACGUCUUAGUCGAUCUCGUAAGCGGCGGCGUUAAGCUCUGCGAUUUCGGAUCAGCGGUGUGGUUAGGCGGAGAAACGGCGGAGGGAGUUGUGGGAACACCGUAUUAUGUGGCGCCGGAGGUAGUGAUGGGAAGGAAGUACGACGAGAAGGUUGAUAUAUGGAGCGCCGGUGUAGUGAUCUACACGAUGUUAGCUGGUGAGCCGCCGUUUAACGGUGAGACGGCGGAAGAGAUCUUUGAAUCGAUAUUGAGAGGGAAUUUGAGGUUUCCGCCGAAGAAAUUUGGAUCGGUAUCAGCGGAAGCGAAGGAUUUGUUGAGGAAAAUGAUAUGUCGCGAUGUUUCUCGGCGAUUUUCUGCAGAAGAUGCUCUUCGACAUUCAUGGAUGAUGAACGUUGGAGACCUCCAAAGCAAAUAAUAGAAGUUUUUACGAUGCGAUUAGAGUGUAAUUAGAGUGGUAAUAUACAGAAUCUGUGUGUGUAAUUGCUUGAUUCGAAUAGUCAAAACGUAGUUGUGUUUUUAAAAAUCCUACGUGUUUGGCACUAGAGUAAAUUUGCUUAAUAACAUUUUGUAACGAUUCGGAAUAAAUUUGAUUUUGAGAU